GGAGCUCGUAACAGCUGUGAGCGCGAAACACAGCACAUCCCUAUAUUAGGGGUUACUUUUUUAAACAGUUGAAUUAAGAAAAAGGACUUCUAAACGAACAGUUACAAGGUUUAUGACACAAGAGGAGGAACACACGUACAGUUCACAAUAGUGUCGACGAUUAAAACAGGUGUUUGUUCAUAUUGUUUUAGACAGAUAAUCGAGUGUUGCAUAGUCUGCAAACUAGCGGAGGAAAAUCGAUAAAAGUAUAACUUGCACCCGCUGUUGUUGCGUGGUGUGAAUGUAAAGAGAGAUAGCUACAGCAACGUGUCCCCCGUAAAGUAGCUUGAAGUCGUUCGACCGAUAAAAAUAAUAGUGAUAGGCGCCCCUGACGUCCCUCACUCGGUUGAUACACGAAGACUGAUAAAAGAUGACUGGAGAUGCGAAAUGGCAGAAGGACGCGGCCGAUCAGAACUUCGAUUACAUGUUCAAGCUGCUCAUCAUAGGAAACAGUUCCGUAGGAAAGACUAGCUUCUUAUUCCGUUACGCGGACGACUCGUUCACUUCAGCCUUCGUCUCCACCGUGGGUAUCGACUUCAAGGUGAAGACUGUCUUCCGUCACGACAAACGCGUCAAACUACAGAUAUGGGACACCGCAGGACAAGAACGCUACCGCACGAUCACCACAGCAUACUACAGAGGCGCCAUGGGCUUCAUCCUAAUGUAUGAUAUAACUAACGAGGAGAGCUUCAAUAGCGUCCAAGAUUGGGUGACACAAAUAAAGACGUACUCAUGGGACAACGCGCAAGUGAUCCUGGUGGGCAACAAGUGCGACAUGGAGGAGGAACGCGUGGUCAGCACCGAGCGCGGCAUGCAACUGGCUGAGCAACUCGGCGUGGAGUUCUAUGAGACUAGUGCCAAGGAGAACAUAUACGUUAAGGCUGUAUUCGAGCGACUGGUGGACAUAAUCUGCGACAAGAUGUCGGAGAGCCUGGACUCGGAGCCAGCGAUGUUGGCGGGUGGCGCUCGUGGCCAGCGCCUCACAGAACAGCCCCAAGGCAGCUCCACCACCAACUGUAACUGUUAACUAUACCCAGCAGUAUUGCACUUUUUAUUACUCUUUAUUUUCUAGAAAAUUUCUUUUUCAAACCGGGGUCGUUUCUUCCGAAAGCAUUUAAUUUAUUAGGAAAGUCUCUUCGCAGCUGUCUUUUGUUUUAUGUUACGUUAUUUCGUAUUUUAAAAUUUUAAGUAAGUUCUAGUAUGAAGAUUGGCGAACCCCGAGUAUACUUAUAACAAAAGUAUCUCAACCAAUUGAUGAGUUUUAUAAAUUGUACUCUCUAGUUACUUGUUACGAUUUCAAGCAUAAAUUUUAAUUUAAGUAACAAAAAUUGAAUAAUUGUUAAAACAUGUGUAACAAUAAAAAUAUGUAUUAGUAUUAUUAAAUCUAUAGGUGUUAGUUAGCUAUCUACGUAUUGCGAGCUGGAGUAGGGAUCUGAUACUUCUUUAGCUGUUAAAUUUUAUCUUUAAUGAAUUUGUGUCGUGGAUUCGUUACAUAAAUGAAUUGAAAUCGUAAAUGUGUUUAACCUUUAUUUUGUUUUCGUUAUCAUUAAGAUAUUAUUUAAAGUAUUCAAGAUUUACAACGAGAUAUUUUAAUAAGGAUUAAACUUCAUGAUAGUUAUAUCCAAUUAAUUAUUACGCGCGAUUAUGAGUUCAAAAAUAUACCUUUCCCAAAAUAUAAUGUUUGGACCAAAGACAGAUUUUACUAUUUAUUUACAAAAAAGUUCAGAAGGCGCAAAUAUGUUUAGUUAAAAUUAAAAUAUAAUAAUGUGUAAUACGUUUGGUGUUUGCGUUCAUACGUAGGUGAAUGUUUUCCGCCUUUACAUUGCUUCAUAUUCUCUUUGUGAAUGUAUCGCGACUACACUUAAAUAGAAUUGUUACUUCAUUAUUAGUAGAUUAUAAUUGAUCAAUGUUCGUUGUUAUACUUUGGCGUAAUCUUGAAGUUGACGUUAUCUUCGGUACAUAACUUCAUAUUGCUUCAAUACCCCUCGGCCUGAAUAUAAAAGUUCGACUAAAUCAGGUAUAAUCUAUAUUACCUAAAGUGUUUGUAAAUACGUUUACCAAAAUGUAUAAAUAAAUAAUUGUAUAGUAUUAUAUCUACCUACAUAUAAAUCUGUUUGUAUUCUUGUUACCUCCUAUGCUAUGUUAAUAUAUAACUAUAGGUGUUUAUUUCAAUCACUAUGUUAGGAGUAAGUAAGGAACAUUUUACAGUUUUAGUUCGAUCGCAUCACUCGGGUAGCGACCCUACGUAAUCGACUAACUAUUAAAAGUAUUCAUAGUGACGGCCGUGAAUGGGCAGCACUAUAUCUAUUUAUCUGUAGACGACAUAGACAAUACAAUUUAUAUCAAAUUCUGUUGGAACAUGAGCACAUUAUUUUUUUAGAAUCUAAUUAUUAGGUAAAUUAAUUAAGAUAUAACGUGUCGAUGUCUAUUCGAUGGAAUAUAAACUUAUAUACGUACACAAUUUUAUUACAAUAAUAAUAAAUCUAAAUCAGUGACUCGUAAGUUCAUCGCUUCGGAACGUAAUAGUCCCUAUUCGAAAAGUCUAUGAAAACUACUUAAGACGCCAAAUUUAUUCAUAUGAAUCUUAUAUAUCGGAACCUACAAUUGUAUUGUACUAUAAGUAACUACUUUGAUGAUGAUAUUUUGAUGGAAUUUGUCCCUAGACUUUGUAAUAGGAAGCUUACCUUCGCUCAUGCUGCAUUUCAAUUAAUUGCAAUAUACUUAGAAGCUCUUAUUGAGAAUUGCUUUAUUUCAAUAACCUUGAAUUUAUAUUAAUCAAAUUAGCAGAUUUAUUAAUAAAAUGAGUAUAAGAAGUCAAUUUGACGAAAUCAAUUAAGAGCAUUCUGUGGACCCAAAGUCACUUGAUAUAGAAUUGUGUUAAAACUAAACGAGGAAUGUAUAAAAGUUAUCUAGGGCAUGGGAAACGCACCACGAUAUUUACGUGAUUCCAUUGUAUUCAAAUUCUGGAGCAUAGAGUAUGGUAAAAUCUCAAUUUUCUAUAGAAUAGUUAACAAUUUUGAAACACUGCCGACCAGUCAAGAAUUGAGGCUGGUUUGUAACUCCUAUGAAAAAAAUGUCUUAUGAUAUAAAACGUCUUCAAGAAGCAUGUAUGCACUACCUCACAGAUAAAUGAUAUAGUAUUAUCGCAUCCCCGAAUAUUGGUAACCAAGUAUUGUAGGAAAAUGCGUGUCCCAUGUCUACUGAAUAUAUACUGGAAAGUGUAGGUAGAGGUAUUUGUAACUAGCAGUGUGUAUGAGCCCAGUAAGGCGCGGCGAGGCAUAUCGUAGUGACAGGCUUUAGUAGUAUAUGUUUAGCAUUUUGCGUAGAAUCCUAACACUGUUUUUAUACUUAUUUUCUAAUACACAGGCGUUUGAAUGGAGCAGCAAAUACAUUCGAUGUUCUUCAUGUCAUUACAAAAUGUUGGCUCACAAUACUGAAAUUGUAAUCGACUAGCUGUAUUGGUAAAUGUAUGUUAUAAAUUAUUGUUGUGUGUUAAUAAAGGAAUUAUUUAAAGAUACACCCAUGUAAAAGAUUCACGAAUAUAAUAUAUAUAUUACAAAAUA